CCAUGGCAGCCCCUCUGUUGCCCUUUUGCGCUCUCUUCCUUACCUUCUUGGGCAUGGCCCAAGGCUCCAGGGGCCCCCUGGUACCCAACCAGCCCUUCUUCACCGUCUGGAAUGCAAACACCCAAUGGUGCCUGGAGAGACACGGCGUGGACGUGGAUGUCAGUGUCUUUGAUGUGGUGGUCAACCCAGGGCAGACCUUCCGCGGCCCUGACAUGACUAUUUUCUACAGCUCCCAGCUGGGCACCUACCCAUACUACACACCCACAGGGGAGCCCGUGUUUGGCGGCCUGCCCCAGAAUGCCAGCCUGGACACCCACCUGGCCCGGGCACACCAGGACAUCCUGGACGCCAUGCCUGCACCUGAUUUCUCAGGGCUGGCAGUUAUUGACUGGGAGGCAUGGCGCCCACGCUGGGCCUUCAACUGGGAUGCCAAGGACAUAUACCGGAAGCGUUCACGGGAACUGGUACAGGCACAGCACCCUGACUGGCCAUUUCCUUGGGUGGAGGCAGCAGCCCAGGUCCAGUUCCAGAAAGCUGCACAGACUUGGAUGGCAGGCACCCUCCAACUGGGGCAGGCACUGCGGCCUCGUGGCCUCUGGGGCUUCUACGGUUUUCCUGACUGCUACAACUAUGAUUUUCUAACUCCCAACUACACUGGCAAGUGUCCACCGGGUGUCUGUGCCCAGAAUGACCAGCUGGGGUGGCUCUGGGGCCAGAGUCAUGUCCUCUACCCCAGCAUCUACCUGCCCAAAGCACUGGAGGGCACGGGUAAGGCACAGAUGUAUGUGCGACACCGUGUGGGUGAGGCUUUCCGUGUGGCCAAGGGUGCUGGAGAUACUGACCUGCCGGUGCUGCCAUACGCCCAGAUCUUCUACGACAUGACAAACCGCUUCCUGCCGCUGGAUGAGCUGGAGCACAGCCUGGGGGAGAGUGCAGCCCAGGGAGCAGCAGGAGUGGUGCUGUGGGUGAGCUGGGAGAACACACGAACCAAGGAAUCGUGCCAGGGCAUCAAGGAGUAUGUGGAUGCCACGCUGGGGCCCUUCAUCCUUAACGUGACCAGCGCAGCUCUUCUCUGCAGUCAGGCCCUGUGUUCAGGCCAUGGCCGCUGUGUCCGCCGCCCCAGCCACCCUGAGGCCCUCCUCAUCCUCAACCCUGCCAGUUUUUCCAUCCAGCUCACACCCAGUGGUGGGCCCCUGACCCUGUGGGGUGCCUUGUCCCUUGAGGAUAAGGCUCAGAUGACUAAGGAGUUCAAAUGUCACUGUUAUCGUGGCUGGUGGGGAGCAUGGUGUGAACAGCAGGGCAUAAAUACGCGGUACCUGGCCCCUGGGCAAGAUCCUGCGGAGCUGGUUGUGAAUCGCGAGCCGCGAUGGCUGCAGUGUAUCCUUUGGACCGCUGAGGGCCAAAGCGGACGAACGGAAGAGUCCGAGCCAGAGCGAGAUCCCGAGCCGUGCAGACCGAAGACGCGGAGCAUCCAGGAGGCCGGCGCCAACAUGUCAGGGCGGAUCCUGGGGGCUUCCUCUCUUCUGAUCAAAGAGUGCGAGGCUGCUGCGCAGAAAGUUGGUGCAGGCCCAGACAUCAUGGGGGGGGCCGCAGUUGAGUCCAUGCUCAACGAAAGUGUCAUGAACUGGGAAGAGCUGGAAAGGGGCCAUGAACUCUGUGCCCCAAACAGGGAAGGCUAA